GUGUUCCUUUACCCCUCUCUCUCUCUCUGUUCAUUCACUGGCUAGUUUGUGGUACCGGAACGAAGCGUGUAAUUGCUGGAAGUCUUAGGUCCAUAGAAUGGGCAGUAAAGGUCGAAUACCGCCUCCACAUAUGAGGCGUCCUUUGCCAGGUCCUGGGUUGAUACAUCCUGAGCCGUUAGGUCCUGGUAUACGCCCUCCAUUGGCUCCAUUUUCCCCUUUUGAUUUGUUGCCACCACCGGAAGUUCUGGAACAGAAGCUUGCUGCUCAACAUGCUGAUAUGCAGAGGCUGGCCACGGAGAACCAAAGGCUUGCCACCACUCAUGGGACAUUGAGGCAGGAGCUUGCCGCGGCACAGCAUGAGUUACAGAUAUUGAAUGCGCAAAUUGGAGCUAUCAAGGCUGAAAGGGAGCAGCAGAUGAGGAACCUUAUGGAUAAGAUUGCCAAAAUGGAAACUGAUCUUCAAGGGGCGGAGCCUCUCAAAGCUGAGUUACAGAAGGCAAGAACAGAGGCCCAGAAUUUGGUUGUGUCCAGACAGGAACUUAUUUCUAAAAGGCAGCAAUUGUCUCAGGAUCUUCAAAGAGCCCAUGUUGAUGUGCAGCAGAUUCCUGCUCUCAUGUCAGAACUUGAGGGUCUCAGACAGGAAUAUCAGCAUUGCAGAUCCACGUAUGACUAUGAAAGAAAGCUGUACAAUGAUCACCUUGAGUCACUCCAGGUGAUGGAAAAGAACUACAUGUCUAUGGCAAGGGAAGUGGAAAAACUUAGAGCUGAGUUAGGAAACACUACUAACAUUGAUAGAAGAAAUGGCCCAUAUGGUGGCACUCCUGGAAAUAAUGAGAAUGAUGUCUCUGGUCUUCCUGGUGGUCAAAAUGCAUAUGAAGAUGGUUAUGUUGCUGCUCUGGGACGUGGUCCCCUCCCUGCUGCAAGCGGUGGGGUUGCAACAGCUGCUAGUGCUGCCUCUGCUCCUCCCUAUGUCGGAGCUCAGCCUGUCUCUGCUCAUGCAUGGACUGGUUAUGAUGCUCCAAGAGGGCCUGGUUAUGAUGCAUCUGCAAUGCCUUCUUAUGAUCCGCAGAGGGGUGCUUAUGAUCCGCAGAGAUUGGCUGGUUAUGAUGUUCAGAGAACUGGAUAUGAUCCACAGAGAGGAGCUGCUUAUGAGGCAUCAAGAGCAGUUGGCUAUGAUGCACAGUCUAGAGGUGCUGCUGCCCCACCACUUGGACAUGCCGCUGUGCCGGCGAACAAUAUGCCAUACGGGUCUGCAACACCACCUGCACGUGGUGCUGCAGGUGGAUAUGAGGCUCCACCUCGAGGGGGAAACCCAUCUAGGAGAUGAUUUUAACGGGCUAUUUUUCAAAUGAUCAAUCGGAUGGAUGCUCAGGUUUAAUUGCUGAGUUUUGAGAUUUCGGUAUCACCUGCUGGCUGACACUGAAAAGCCCUCUUCUCUAAGCAACUACUUCUGUCUAUGGCGCUUUUGCAUUUUGCAAUGCGCAUUAAGAUUCCUUCCUGGCAAAAUGUAUACUGCAUCGCAAAAUUCAUCAGGCCUUAUCGCGUAAUGCUGAGCUAGUUUCUUUUGCUC